AUGGUUUGGGUAUGUCACGGGGAAAGAGGAAAGCAAUCAGAAAUGCUUGAAUAUUUAACACAAAGUCCAUUAUACCUUGUACUUCAUGGUAAAUAAAAAUGGAGUGUACAUUUUGUUCUAUAAAUUACAACGCGAAUGCAUCAAAAUAUACAUAGGAAAUAUAGAUAGAGAUUUCAAAACCACAUUCAAAGAGCAUACAACUGAAAUAAUAUUAAAAAAAGAAAACCCCGAGUCAAAAUUUGAAGUCUUAGAAAAUACACCAAAAUAUUACAAAUAGCAUAGAAAAAGAUUUAACGAUAAUAUAUCAACAAAAAAUUAAAUAUUUAAAUUCUGCAGAGCAAAAUAAUUACCACAUCCAUAACGAAAUAAAAAAAAAACAAUAGCUUCAAUAAUAUAUUAAAUGUACAAACUGAUUUUAAAAUUAAUAUUUUAUUCACUUAUUUAUAUAACCUUGAAGAUGAUAGCAAGUAUAUAAUUUAUUUUCCUUAUAUUGUUAUUGUAAUAUUGUUUCAAUUUCAUAUUUACCCACAUGUGUAAUGCCAUUAGAUAACGACCAUUGAUUUAUUUCCAUUUAAUUUUGAAGUUAUUUGUAUUUCAAAUGUAUUUGGAAACUGUUAGAGAAUUUAAAAUAAGUAAUCAAACGAUGGCACCAUGUCGAAACUUAGGGAUUUCUAGAUAAACAUAUUGUAUUCACACGUUAAAUCUUAAUUUAAAAUUGUUUAAAUAAUUCAUCUUCAUAAAUACCAAAACAAAAGUAUUAGAUAAUCUCAAAUCUAUAAUAAUUGUUUAUCGUAGUGUACAGGCACCUAUAAAUUGAACACAUUUUCGUAUCUUGCAUACUCAAGUUCCCACAUAUAACAGUGGUACACCCAUCAGCAGUAAUAGCUCUUUUUAUUUUAAUUAUAAUUGUUUUUUUCGCUUUCAGGACAUUAAGCCGAAACCGAAUACGACGAACGGGACGAACGGGACGCCGGAAAAUAAGUUUGAGGAGAAAAACGACGAUGCCUUGACGGCGCUGCCGCUGUUUUGUAUCGGUAAGCAUCCAACAUGGAACGUAAUAUACUAAUCAAAAAUUGUAGUAGUUGAAAUUCCGUUUUAAAGACGAAACCGAUUCGAUGUUCACCAGCCCUUUCCAUCCCCCAUUUCACGAUUUAGGGCUUGUUUUUUUUUUUAUGAUUAUUUUAUUCAGUGCCAUAAUUAUUUACACGGCCUACUGUCAGUAUCGCGUUACAGGGACUUCGUUUCGAGAAGCAUGGUGUGCACUCAAACCCACUUGCAAUUUCAUUCAUAAUUGACUUAGGUAUUAAUCUUGACGUUGACAGUGACAUUCAAACUUGAAAAUUUUUUUUUUUUUUUUAAUUAAGUGCGAUUUUAUUAUUAUUAUUUAUUUAUUGCUAUCAACCAUUUUAAGAUAAAUAAGCAUACUUAAACAAAAAAGUUAGAUACAAAGUUGCACAACUCCCCUUUAAAAAUCUUAUUCGCCAUUACGUUUUUAAUAAUUUUUUCCGGCGUCUAUCAGGGAGGGGGGUCCCUGUCUUGAUAUACUUGAUGGCUAUAUUCAGUUUUUACGAUAAACGUCGUAUGAUUUUAUACGGAUUAAGUUUCAAGGGAAUCCCCGAGAGAUGCGUAGAUAUUAUGCUGAUUUUUGACUAUUUGACGACUUCUCCCCUUCGAUUUUCAGUUCUUAAACGGUAUAAAAAUUAUUUUAAACUUCCCGUUUCUAUUGUUAAAAUAUUGUAAUAUAUACCAACAAGAUCAAUAACGAUUUUUUUUUUUUUUUUAAAAACGCAUAUAUCGUAUUUUUAUAGUAAUGCAUGCUCCGGUCUAUAAAAAUUUUCGUACCUACACCGUUAUGUUUUACUGCACGAAACGUUGGGCGGCCGUGGCCGUUUUACAGGAUCGUUUCUGAUCGUGGUCAUAUUCCUGUCGAUCGCGGGCAACGUGCUGGUGUGCAUGGCCAUCUACACGGACAGGGGCCUGCGGCGGAUCGGCAACCUGUUCCUGGCCUCGCUGGCCAUCGCCGAUCUGUUUGUCGGCGCGCUGGUAAUGACGUUCGCGCUGGUCAACGACCUGCUCGGCUAUUGGAUAUUCGGCGCGAAGUUCUGCGACAUUUGGACGGCCAUAGACGUCAUGUGCUCCACCGCGUCCAUACUGAACCUGUGCGCCAUAUCUCUGGACAGAUAUAUACACAUCAAAGACCCGUUGAGGUGAGCCUGCACACUAUUAUAUUAUGUGGAUACUAGAAAACGGUUGCGGGUCGAAGCGAACGGUUAGUCGAGCGAUCGAUAAAAAGUGAUUGGAAUUUCACGCGAUCGAUUGGUUUUUCGGUCGACUUUUGUACUAAAAAUGUCGAGACAUUCGAAACGUCGAUUCCCGUCGUCGUGAGCGUUUCAGUUUGCUAAAUGUAUGUAAUAUUAUAGUAUGAAUUAUAAAUCUCAUUUUUCAAAAAUCUCCAAAUUAAUUUCGUUCAAAAUUAUAUUGUUAUUUGGUUUCAAGAAAAAAAAACAAUAAUAAUAAUAAUAUAUCUUUACUAAAAGUGUUAAAUUUUCAAAAUAAUACUUCAAUUAUACUGAUAACUGAAGCCUAAAAUUAACAAAUAAAAACUGAUAACAGUCAGGUGCGUACCGCCUUGUCCGGGAAUUUUCCGGCAGAUCAUUCUGUGUCAGGCCCUUAAUUUAUACACAUUUUCGGUAUUUACUAUCCAUGUUUCCCUGAAUCAUCUAUUUUAUUUUGUAAUUUCUUAUCAGUAGGUACUUACAAGGGCGACCGGAGUUGAAAAUUCAGGGGGGACGGCCUUAAUUUUCAUUAAUAAUCAAACACUUUUAUUAAUAUAUAUUAUGUAAAUUUUCAAAACUUUUCAAAAGUAUUAUAAUUUAAUAUUAAAUUUUACACUUAUAUUAACUAAUUGAUCACAAAUUACAGUUUUAUUUUAUUUUUCCUAAAUUCAUCAACAACUUCUUUCUACUAAAUUAAGUUCUUCUGCUUAAAUAUACUUAACACACGCAUAAUCCGGGUAAACGAACCAUAUACAUUAGACAACCAUAAAAUCAGCCAUCCACAAAAAAUAUCCAUACAUGAUCGGCUGUAUUGAUUAGUACCAACUUUAAAUCAUAGAACAUACAUUAUUGUAUAUUGUGAUAAUAAAUUAGCGGAAUUCUACUCGUAUUACCCCGAAGUAUACUUACGGAUUAAGUACCAACCAAAGAGUAUAACUAAUGAUAAAUAUUAAUACACCUUGAUAAUAAUGAAUUUUAGGAUUUUCAGGUAUUGAAUUUGGAUAUAAUUAUUUUAACUUUCAAGAAAGCUAGGGGAGAAAUGUCCCCUGCUUCCCUUGUGGACGCCCUUGGGUACUUAUGAAUAUGUAUUUAUUUAAAAUAGUGAGCCUCUAAUCAUUUACCGGUGUAAAAACGGACCCAUUAAGUACCUAAUAACAGCAUCUCGAAGGUUUCUAAUUUUCUAUAGUAUUUUUAUACUCGUCUCACCCGUGGUAAUUUUCAAAAUAUUUACUCUGCCAUUUAUGAUAAGGUUAGUGAUCCGGUGGGCAUUGCGUUUCGAUAUAAACCCAUAUAAAAUCAAUAUACUCUUUAAUAUAGUUAAUUGUUUUCGUCAAUAGUAUUGUCGAUCACAUUGAUAAGCCUUCCGUUAAAAUCCGCUCUUAUUUCAACAGUUUUUAACGAAAAAUGUAUUGUAUCCAGCCGAUAUCGAUACCCACGUAAAUCUGGUAAUAAUUGUCAUCAAUUUCAAUGUAUAUGUAUUUAGAUAGCACCGAAAUCUCGUUUAUGGUUUACAGAAGUUGAUUUCGCCCGACUGACGGCGCAAUCGCUCCGUCAGUUUAUUUUCUACAGAAUCCUGCAGCGAGAGCUUAAAAUCUCAAAACAACAAUGAUACGAAUUUCCUUCAAAAUGCUAAUGAUCCGCGCGAGCACGGCACAAAUUGCUGUUUGAUUUCCGAUGUCGUUUGUAGAUAAUAGUACUCGUGUGUGUGUGUGUGUGCGUGCGUGUGCGUAAAUAGUGUUGGAUUUCCGUUUCAAUUCGAGUAUUUUUAUAACAUAAGAAAUCCUGUCAGGCGAUUAGCUUUAGCUAUAUAAAUACCUAUUCAUUAUUUAAAACGUCAAAUCACGUCUUCUGCCAUCUACGUUACAAAUUUAAUUGCCAAAAAAUAUGUCACGAGAGAUAAGCCUACCGCUCAGUUGCCCCUUAAAAGAUGGAAAACAACGAUUAUUAUUAAAACGGUUAUGAAAAACUUAACAGAUGCGAGAGUUGAAACAAUUUUAAAAAUUAAUCUAUGUUUAUACAAUUAAACGAAACCGUGGAUAAACAUUUUUGAGGGAAGCCUUAGGGACUGUGACACUCUCUAGUACCCUCCAUGUGUGUUGUUUUUUUUCACGGAUAACGAUUUUUCAACAAAAGAUUUUUUUAGAUUCUGAGUGGAGCGAAGAAGCUUGUGGUUUUAUAAAAAUUUGUAUUUUAUUUUUCUGUAGACUACCAGAAGACUUGCUCCGAUUUUUACGUGUGGCAAUUUUUUUUAAAUAAAAUCGGUAUAGGAAAGUAUCUUAAACGGGCCAUUUUUCGAUUUCCUCAAGAAUUUUUUCAUCAAAUGCAAAGAACCGAAAAAAAAACUGAAAAAUGUACCAAAUUUAUUUGUAUAAUAUUACGAUAUUUUUUUUCUGUGGAGAAUUUUCCACCAGCAAUUUUUUACCAACUAUUAAUGAAAGCAAUGUUUCUGAAAGGAAAUUUCACUAAGGAGGUACUUUAAUAAGGUCGUUUUUAAAUUUUCUCCGGAGUUUUCUCAGGAAAUAUGAAAAACUGAGAAAAACGUAGGAAAACCAAAAUCAGUACAACAUUAAACAAUUAUUAUUAAAGAAAAUAUAUAGAGUCUACUUAAUUAUAUUACUAUAAUAUGAGAUAUAUAUUGUUGACAAAGCAUCACUAUCAAUUGAACUCCGCUCAGAAUCGUUUUUCAUAAGCAAUGGUUUAUCGUUGCUUACAAGUAUAUAAUAAUAUACCUAUAACAGUGGUUGCACCUGUCCCUAUCCUAAUAAAUCUUUUUUGAUAUCAAAGAUACUUUAAAAACUACGAAUUUUUCGAAAUUCUUAAUACAUCUUUUAAUGAAUUAUUUCUAUAUUUUGUUUUUUUUUGUUUUUUUUUUUUUUUUAACAUUUUUGUUAGAAAAAUACUACAGUUUAUUCAUGGAGAGCCACAAAAAAAAUCUUGCUCGGUGGUAUUUUAUUUUAAACAUUGAUAGAAAUUUAUCAUCCUUAUCAACGUCUUUUUUUUUUUUUGUUUCUUUUUGAAUUAAGAAAUCCAGAACACGACAAGAGAAAAAACUAUACUAACACUACUUCGUUUAGGAUCGUUUUUCGUUAGCAAUAUUUUUAUCGUUUAAGAUACUAUUCAAACUUAAUUACCUAUACAUUCUACAUUCCCAAUUACAUAACCUACAAUAGUGUCCUUCUCACGUAAACCGUAUCGUCUAAAUAAUUUUUCAUGACGUUACUCGAUAUUUUUAUAUUAUUAAGUAUGUUCAUUAUUUCUGUCAUUCACAAGCCACUGCUCAAAUAUUACAAUGUUGUAAUAUCGUGUACACGCGAUAGAUAGUAUAAUCAAGGGUUUUUGUUUUUAAUUUUUUUUUUUUUUUAACAAAAAAUCGAGACCCGGACGUGAGAAAAGAGUUGAAAACAAAACAAUACUACUGACUUUUUAAAACAAAGAACCGCAUCUUAACUUUUUUAGCAAGGUGCACACACCAAUAUAUGUUUAACGGACGCGUAGCCGGGUAAACUUUUAGAUAAACUCGAAAACAAACUUGCUAAACUUAAUCGAAGAAAAAACCGUAAAACUAAAAAUAUAUAUAUAUUUAUAUUUUUUUUUUUUAUACGAGUCAACUCGGUUUGAAGCAUUUUCAUAAUUAUUUUCUUUUAAAAUUCACCUCAUAACGAAUAUAGGUAUAGAAUACGAUAUUUUUUAAAAAAUUAAGUAGAUAAGUACCCGACUUUUCUGAAAGUGCAGUGCACAUGAAUAACGCAGAGCGCGCUGUUUUAAUAUUAAAAACAGUUGCCACUAAAAAGUGAUGCCGCAAUUAAAACUUUGUUGGGUUCUCGGAAAAACUAUCAGAAUAUUACUUAUUGACUGUCCGCUCAAGUUCAUUUCUUUUCAUCCCCUUCCUUCCUACUUUCCAAAUUUGAACUUUUGACGAAGUCAAAUAUUUGUACAGAAAUGUACACUAAGUCCCAUAGUUUAUGCAUAACUUACAGAGUUAUUCCAAAAACAAAUUAAAGGAGAUACUAUUAAAACGAUGGCCCUAAACUUCCGAAUUUUUGACAACGCCGAUCAUUUAUGUAGAACUGUGCAUAAAAUCCUAUUGUUUAUGCACAGAUACUUACCGAAAUAUUUCAAAAAAUAAUUUGGGAAAAGAACUAUGAAUAAUACAAAACCUCUAUUAACAUUUUUACUUAUUUUUAUCGUGCAUUGGAAAACCAUAAUUUUAUAUCCUUGUGGAUGUUGAAUUAUUUCAUAGGAAAAUAAUUAUUUCAGUCAAUAAACUGAAAAAUAACAAAUAGUUAGUUUACAUCCUCCCCUCCCCCUCCGAAUUUUUUGUUCAGGUUAUGACCUUGCUCAGAAUUAUCAUUUUAAACAGAAAAACCAUAAUUGUCUGAAAAAAAAAUAAAUAUAUAAAACACUAGAAUAUUACAACUAUAACAUUAAGUAUACCGUUCUUAUGAAAAUGAAAUAUAAAGCUCUGUAUCGAGUUAAUAUUACAGUUUUAUUCGUAUUUACAAAAUAAUUAUCAUCAUAAUAUUACCGGUUUGGAUCUUAGUGAUUUCAGCUAUAAACAAUUAAACACUGUCUUUUUCUAUAAUUUUUCAGGAAACGACGUACCUACCGUACAGAAUAUUUCUUGAUAAUAAUAUUGCAUCUUAUGUCCAUUUAGUUUGAUUUUAAACGCGAACAUUGUAAAAUACACAAGAUUUGUUUUAUAGUUAUAAUGUGUUAUUUAGAACAGAUAGGGUGCGCAGGGUAUAUCUUUCCUUUUGCGAUGUACUAUAAUACCUCCUCAGUGGAUAAUUUUAGAGCUUAUUACGCACCAAUUACUUAUUGUUUCAAAAAUCAUCAUGUAAGACGGUAUAACAUGUCGAAAAUAAAAAUUAAUCUGUGCUCAUAAAUUUGGCGUCCUGUCUUCUAGCUCACGUUGAAUUGUUCCAAAGAAUAUCCCCAGAAACGUUAUGACCUCCUUCACUUAUAAUUACGUGUUGGGGAACCUGAUUAAAAGCCGCAGUGUACUACUGUGAGAAUUUUAAAACAAUUGAAAAAGUGGGACAUUUAUUAAAUGCUGAUGGCGCGCUAGCCGUUUAAAAAAUUUAAAAAAUUAUUGGAAUCGAAUUUAGUUUUUAUUCAUACAAAUUAUAGAUUUCUAAUUACUGCUAUUGCUUGUUUAUAAACUCAAGAACCUCUCUUAACUGAAACAAUAAAAACUGUAGAGAAUGUCAAAAAUGAAAUAAAUACUGUUAAAUGUUCUAAAGGCAUUAUAGUAAUAAUAAUUUACUAUUAUUAGUUUGAAAAAUAAUUAUUGAGAAGAAUCUGAGCUUUAAGUAGUAAUGCUUAAGGAUCUUAACUAUAAAUGUAUAGAAUAUGUUAGUUAGUCUCGUGCGAUCGCAAACAAGAAACACAAACACUUCCUUUUAUACCAUCGGUAUUAAGCAACGGAUUUUCGAACAACGCCUGAUAAACAACUUGAUUGACGUUAUUUGGAUAAUAAAAUUACAGACCUUAGAUUUAAAUGACCUAACAAUUAUCGAAAAAUGUUCUAGAAACUAGCCAAAAAUGCCUACUGCCGAAGUACUUAAAAUAUUACCUAAGUACUAAACAUUUUCUGAAAGUUAAAAAUAUAAAACAAAAGUUUCACUUUUGUAAUUAUUACUUGUUUGACCCCAGGUGACGCACAACGAAAUAAAUACAACGCAAAGACGUUAUUUAAAUCAUUAUUAGAAAGAUUGACAGUCUAUAUUCAUGAAAAAUACUUGAAAUAUAUUAGAGCAAAUUGUAUGUAAAUAAAAUGUUUUGAUAUAAUAUUUUGAAUUAUCUAAACGUUGCAACUAUUAAUUCAUUUUGUGUGUACACGUGACCGAGAAAUGCUAAAAAAUUUAAAACGAAAAAUUCCCUUAUGAAGUAUCUGUUAGAUGGGUGUUUGGAAAACAUUGGCUUAGGUUGUAUAAAAAAAAAAAAUAAAUGCACUUCGCAUUGAAAUCCGGACCCUAUAGCAAUACUAAUAUUUUCACGAGUUUUUUGGAAACUCUUGCUGCACACUAUAUCACAAAUUCUGGAUUACAGUUUCCAUUAUAACAAAUCUGAAUAAUAAUAAAUCCAUCACUCGGUCCAGUUGUUUUUCGACGUGUGAUUUACUGACGGUAACCAACAACCGGGUAAUCUAAUAUACAUAUUAUAAUACAUACGCCGGUCGAAGGGCCGGUGGAUAUUGCGUUGACUCGAACUCGAUUUAUCGGGAAUACGGGAAAGUUGAUUAGCGAACGUGACAGGCAUAAUAACAAUAUAGUAUACACAACAUUACUAUAUGAAAUCGUGAAAUGAAAUUGGAAAAAACAGUUACUAUACUCGUAUAAUAAUAUAUUGAACCGACAUUCUUUCAUAUUUUUAUCGUCAAAGGGACAAAUUUACCUACGUAGACCAAUACGAUCUGAUCCCCGGAGAAAUCCGUUUGCGAGCAUAUACUAGAAUCAUAUCAAAUUAUCCAAAAUUAAAAGAAGGAGGGGAGGGGCGAGUCAAAAAACUAGUUGGGAUUUGACAUCAGAAAACUAUAUUUUUUUCCUCCAAAAUAUAUAAACGAAUAACCUCUCAAAAAUAAAGCGGAUAUGUCGUUACAUGCAACUGUACUGCUGUAAACUUAUGACGUAUUUCCUGACUUAUGACUAAUCAGCGUUUCCCAACCUGCUGGGCAAACGUGAGAAUUCAUCGCUGAGUAAAAUUUGUAUUUAUUAAAUUAUUUGUAUUUUACAUUUACACAAACAAGGGAACAAACUCCUUUUAAAUUUUAAAAAUUUUAUUAAAAAAUUACAACAGACGGCUACCGACAAACAGAAAAUUGUUUUUAAUUUUUAAAAAUUUACAAAAGGCGGGUUCACAUUAAUUGAUCUGGUAAAUAAUAUCCCGCUAUACACAAUCCGCGUCAUUUGGUCCAGUGUAAAAAUAUCCGGUAGGAAAAAAACCAGUGACAUAAAUGAUCAUUAUCUAAAAUACUACAUCUUGAAAAUAGAUAAACUGCAGAAAAAAUUAACAAAUGACUGUUAAUAGAAUAGGUACGGAAAUGGUUAGUUAAAAAUUAAAAUUAUGGGCAAUGUCUUUUAAAAAAAUAUAAGUAUUUAAUAUCUCAUAAUAAUUUACAUUAUUUUUCAAUCGUUGGUCCAAGUAUUUAUAUUUAAGUAGCUUUGGUACGAUUUUUCAUUAGAAUAUACACAAAAAGAAAAACGGAUGUACCUUUGGAGACAUGUAUUGUGUAAAGUUGUGAAAAUAUUGACGGAACAGAUUUAAAAGUAUCAUCACCAAACCAGUUCUCUGACUCUUGAUGCUUACUUAUUAGGUAUGGUUGCGAAAAUUAAAUUUCUAUUUUAAAUAUUGCCACUAUCAUAGGAUAAAAUUAAUUCGUUAUUUUAAGAGAGUUUUAUGUACUUCAGGUAUAAUUAGGGCCUUGGCAUUAAUUGAAUUACACGGUGCAUGCAUUUUCUUUUCUUACUCGUGUCCGCUGAAUAGUCCUUGAUAAUGAUUUUAUGGUUGUUAAUUGUCCAACCACUCGAUCAGACGUUUCACCUACCUUUAUAGAAAUUACAUUUCCGGUUGAACUUUCGAAUUUUCCUUUGAACCAUUCACAAAUAUUUUUGUUUCGGUUUUCGCAAAAUCUGGAGCAUGAAAGUGAUCCAAAGUUUCUUUUAAAAUGUCUCCUAGAAACAUUAAGUUUAUUUUAGUAUACUACCAGCAUAAUGUACUGCCAGCUUUGUUGACUUAAAGACAGUUGUGUACGGUAAACGUCGUAGUAAAAAUGUCCGAAAAAUUACAAAAUUAAAUAUGUUUACAUCUACGUACAGAAAUUUAGUUAGAAUUUGAAGUUUAAAAUAGAGUUACGUAAUUUCGACAUAUGUAGUGAGAAGAAAACGACUAACAAUAGUUGUACGUCCGGCAUAUAGACUGUGAGUAGGUAAAUAACAAAAUUAACAACGAACUAAACGUGAAUAGUUUUUCACUCAGGUUUCAAGGAACGGGUUUAACUAUUUAUAAUAUUAUUGGUAUUUACAAUUUCAACUGGUUUUACUUUUGAGAAGAUCCAAUAUUAUAAAGGCUGUAUAAUUUGUACUAAUUUGUAUUAAAUAAUAAACACCUCUGUCCGGGGCUUCCGGAAGUACUGUACAUAAUUAUGUACGACAAUGUAAAUAUUUUUUUUUUUAACAGAUUGUUUUAGUUUUUGAACAUUUUUUCCUCGAAGUAUUUCUCAUAUUUGUGUGCACCUCUUACCCAUUGUUUUUCUUUUCGUGUACCUAAAUAUUACGAAAAUAAUAAAAAUAUUCAUUAAUUUGUCUAAUUAUAAUUUCUUUUACAUAAAUAUAAAAUACAUAAAUAUAAAUAAUAUAAAUUAGUAUAUCGAAACACGAAAAAAGAUUCUAAACGAAGUUUGGGGGAAAAAUUUGAUUUUUAUUUAUAAAAGUUAUUAAAUUGAAUAAUGUAUGCACAUUACUCGUAUUAUAUGUACCUGAUUCUCAUUCGUUAUACUAUAAUAUGGGCUUCUACACUACAAUUUUUUAUAUUCUCUACAACGUCAAAUAAUCUUAUUUUUAUAUAUAUAUAUUUCCCAUGUAGAACGUGUACAUAAAUCCGUUAUGCAUCAAUACGUUUUUGGCUGUUAAUGAAUGUUAAUGGUAUGAUAGAAAAUAAUAAAUACCAAUAAUAACUAAAUAGUAACACAGUCAGCAAUUGGCGAGUGACAAUUAUUGUACCUAUGUACCUAUAUGAUUAAAUUGAACUUUUAGAUUUUGAAAUCGUCUGCUAUAUCAUACUGAAUUGCGUACCUACCUACAUCGAACGUAACUCAUCUCAUCUUCAACAGACAACAGAAAAUAAUCUACGUAGAAAAAACCAAUGUCUGUCUGUCAAAUUCGUUUACAAUUCCCCGAGAAAAUCGAUGGAUCGACGGUUGAUCGUCAACCCAUAAUCGAAAUUUAUAUCAAAUAUUGUCAAAUCGUUCGUGGGACCUAACCUAACCUAGCAGGCGGCUGUGCGGUUAAAGCAAUUUAGAUAUAAUAAUAACAAUAAUAAUUCCCACGGUUUCAACUAAACCUAUGAUAAACACAAAACCGUCCCGUACCGGAUUUGGUUUUAUAAUGACACGGUAUGAUUCGGGAACUAUGUAUGAUUGGACUGUGUAUUUCGCAUUAUUGCCGCGGCCGUCGCAAUCGGAAUAACGUUCACCCGGGCGUCACAUUAUCCUGAUUGCCCACAUGCUCCGGGCGCUCGUCGUCGUGCACGUUUAUUUUCGAUUUAAUUGUGCACGUGCCGAUUAUUAUUAUUUCGAGUGUGAUUUCCCUCGACCGCGCAUUUGCCCGGACCACGGUUAUAGACGACAGAAUGCUGUUGUCCAACGAGUAAUAUAGGUACUUAGUGGUUUAAAUUGGCUCCCGAAAUUCCCUCUAACGAAACAGUCCAUAUGCGCUCCAGCGACGGCAUUAUAUAGCAGUAGCAGUGACUUUCAGUAGCAAACUCAGACUGUUACUCCAGCGUGAUAAUAACAGAGACCGCUAGUUACUCUUCUAUUGCUACCAGUAGCAGCGCUACUGCAACGAUCAACCGUACGUGUUAUCAUAUCACUGCUGCUACUCGAGUAUGCAAACAUUAAUGCCUGCUGCCUUGUGUAUAAAUAAAUAAAUUACAUUUUCAAAUAAAUAGUAGUUAGCAGUAUUCUAGUAGCAGUAGCAUAUGUUUGCUGCUACUGAAAAAAAAAACACAGUUAGUCAUCUUUAAUACUCUCCGUACGGUAAAAUCUCCAUGUGUUUCACGAAUGAUCUAGUAAUAAUAGAUAAUACUUGGCGAUUUGAAUUUACCAAGCGGUAUGUAUAAUAAAAACGCACCCGGCGUGAUUUUUCAUUGCAUAGCUUUUAGAUUUACACUUAGAACACUAACUUCCAUGGAGCGUUAUCGGGUUUGAACCCACGUCGAUAUUAGAUGAGUUUUUUAAAACUUCUAAAACUUCCUAAAAACUAUAUAAACCGACUAGGUUGAAUUUUGGAUUAAGCCGAUCUCGGAUAAGGUCUGUAAAUACGUGUCCGGUUGUGCAAGUUGAAGAGCUUCCCUCAAAAGCAGUCUAAAAUUCUUGAAAAACAAAAAAAAAUCUAUUUCAACGCCGAAAAAUCUGCUUUAAACGCUCACUGAAUUUCGUUCUCAACAGUCUUUCCUAGCCCUGGCCGCUAUAAAUCUGUUAAUGGUUCAAAUUUUGAAGAUUAUGUACCCUAUUUUUUUGGUUUUUUUUUUUUUUUUACGACAUUUCGGAUUUUCACGGUAUUAGUAAUCGUACACCAGUACUCGUGUAGUUUCUUUUCUGUUCCGCAGACGGCCUUUUAUCAUGCACUUCUAUAACAAUAUUUAACUGUAUAUUAUAAUAUAGUACCACGACAAAAGUGCGACGUUUUAAUGUACGACGCAAUUCACGAGAAUUUCACGACGACGGAACAUAAUAUACGCUAUAAUAAUAUGUUAUAAUACCUAUCGUGUAUUGUUAUUAUACUUACAUGUUGCGCACAAAGGGUAUUACAAUAAUAUCACAACACAGAAAUGCGGUAAACUUCAAAAGAUUUUAAAUGUAUACUCGCGCGAUUGCAGUCGUCCGUCUCGUGCGACCCAAGCGAAGUUAGACGAUGUGCCAAGAUUUUAUAUACAGAGUGAUCCGUUUUCGAGUGACUCCAUUCAAUAUUUCAAAAAGUAUUCACUUGAGGAAAAAAAAAUGUUUUAGCAAUCUAAGAAACAAGCGGCUCGGAAGUGUUACAUUAAUAUUAUCUUUUAUGCCCUUUAUUUUCGAGCGUGUAACGACUAGGUACCAAAUUUAUAUUUUAAAAUGGCAACCUAUAUUAAAAAUUUCAUAAAUUGCAGACCGAGUUUUAGUUUAAAUCGAUUAAAAAUGUAUUUCACGUAGUCUUGAUUGCCUCGAUAGAGCGAAAAAUAUAAAAAAAAGAAUUAACUUGGCAACGUUGACCAAAAAAAAAACGUUCGCAAUAGAAUUUCGCCCAGCUCUACUAGUCCCUCUAACCAAUCUUAAAAGUAGAAAAUCUCGUCAACGGGUUGAAAGUAAUCAAAAACUUCAACAUCAAAAUGAAUUUAAACGAAUACUUCAUUUAUUUAUGACAUGUAUAAUAUAGGUUAUUAAUAUAAUAUAUUCUACAGAGGCUUCAUUUCGGUUUUUAUUUCGGGUGUGCGAGGUUUCAAACAGGCUAUUUUAAAUAUUUCAUCAGGCCAUAUAAAAACAUACAUAUAAACUUAUGUAGUAUGUACAUUAUCUUGAUUUUAAUUAUUGUUUCAAUAGAUUAUGAAUCGCAAUAAACAUCAGUAAAAAUCGAUUUAAAAUCUAAAAAAAACAAUAAAUAAUUGAUACUUUACUUAUGAAAACCAAUAAGUAAUUGAAUAUUGAAGGUGUUAAAUGCAGUAAAAAAAAAAAGAAAAAAGAAUUUUCACAUUAUUAUUUUUAAUUGGUAUGUAUAAUUUUUGCACGAGUAAAACACUCAACAAAAUCAAAUUAAUUAAAUUUAGAGGAUUAUUAAGAGAAUACUGGAGAUUUUUAAGUCCAGCAAAUACAUCUACAGCUUUUUCUAAAUCGAUAUUAUUCACUCCUUUUUUUUUCAACAUUUAGCACCAUAUAAGAUCGUAUAGCCUUUGACCAUCACCUAUAGAAAUAUAAUUUUACAUUUUUAUAACGAUGAAAACCCCUUUCAUUUGAUGCCAUUGUAAUUGGUAAAGUUUUUAUUAAUAAAAUUACCAUCGUGAAUAAAUUAACGAGAACGAACGAUAGAUUAUUAUAUUAUUUACAGUUCGAAUUAACACGCCACUAUCGUCUUUGUUUUGUUUCGCAUCUAUACGGAAAAUGAAAAGAGCCGAUCGUCAUCAUUAUUAUUACGAUUGUCGUUAAAUAAUUUACGGCCGCGAUUAAGAUAACGAGUUAUUAUCAAAGCGAAAAUAUCAAUUUAUCCGUCGACGGAACGAAUCCCGCAACAGCGUUACGCUACAACUCCCCCCCACACUCCCCCCCCACUCAUCGCUGGAUUUCGAAAUAAAUACGGCAAACAAUUAGCAUCACCCACGCAAUCAGUACAUAAAUCGACACGAUCAAUUUCCGAAUUUGCUCGACACCGAUAUCAGAGUUGUAUACAAAAAAAAAAAACAGCCACUCUCGAAAAGCACCGCAACUAAGGUAGGAUUCCCGUCACCCUAUUUUUCUAUUACAGUAAAAUUCUGUGUAGAAUAAUAGAAUGUAACUGAAUACUUUUAAAACGCUAUACCGUAUAAAAACAAACUGAUGAAAUUUCAGUAAAAAAAUAGUAGGCACGAGGGCUGAGAGUUUAAACUUUUAAAACGCACAUCAUUGACAUUUAACACUAACACGCUAUGUAUAUUGGAUCCAUUCGGUCUAUAGUGAACGUAGGUAACGGGGGAAAAACCUCGCCUAAUAAAGUACAAUAUUAUCAUUUUUAUUUUCGGGGACACUAAUGUCGAAUUUUCACCUAACCGCCUUGUUGCCGCUACAAAACUAACCAUUAACUUACUAUUUCACUGAAAACGUGAGGUUUUCGCAUAAAAACGGAGAAAGUGGGUAUUGUGGACAUCAGUUUGCCUAUGCGCGGAUCAUAUUUCUCUCCGAGCGGAGAAUAUGUGAUAGCGAUACCUCCCUACUGCGUGCUAAAAUUCUGAUUGAAAUUUAUCCCGAUUCUAUGCACCCCGAUCCGUUAGUAAACGAUAAUGUUUCGAUACAAUGCAAUAUAUUCAGGAAAAAUUCGACAAAAACCCCCGGUGGAGGAGGUGGGCUGGCGUGAAGUUACACCAGUACCCGUUCCAAAGAUAAUACAGCUUGCAUUCAAAUCAAAUUAUAAAUUAAGUUAAUUUUUUAACUUAACAAGAAGUUAUUGUUAUUAUUUUUAUGCAUGUGACAUUAUAUCGACUAUUACUUGUUCCUGACAAUGAGUACCUAAUUGUUAUAGUACGACUGUUAUUGUUUUGCGCAGGUACACGACGUAUUUGAACCGGAGGAAUGCGCUGCUGGCCAUAGCCGGCGUCUGGGCGCUGGCCGCGUUCGUAUCGGUGGUGCCGAUCUGCAUUCUGAGCAUCCACAAACCACCAAAGCCGGCGCCCAACGCGGGCGAGACGGAACACAUGACUUGCGCUCUGGAACUAUCGCCCGAGUACGCGGUCAUAUCGUCGUGCAUCAGCUUCUACAUACCGUGCGUGGUGAUGAUCGGCAUCUACUGCCGGCUGUAUUGUUACGCGCAAAAGCACGUGCAGAGCAUCCGGGCGGUCACGCGGCCGCUGACGACGACCACGACCACGACGACCAACGCGUCGGCGGCCGCGUCGUCCACCACGUUGACGGCCGUCCACCAUCACACAUCGCCGUACCACGUGAGCGACCACAAGGCCGCCAUAACGGUGGGCGUCAUCAUGGGCACGUUCCUGUUGUGCUGGGUUCCGUUCUUUUGCGUGAACAUCAUCAAGGCGUUCUGCAACACGUGCAUACCCGAGGCCGCGUUCAAAGUGCUCUCGUGGCUCGGCUACUCAAACUCGGCGUUCAACCCGAUCAUCUACUCGAUAUUUAACACCGAGUUCCGGGACGCGUUCCGCCGCAUACUCACCACCCAUUACCCGGACUGGUGCUUUUGCAAGGGCUACCGGACCGUGGUGCUCAGUUCGGACACGUCGAUCCGGCACCACCGCCGGAAGCAGAACGACUUCGCGUCGUCCGCCUCGGCCACGGCCAUCGUGGCCGCUUCCGCCGUUGUUAGACAGAACGGCAAGGCGGCGGCGGCGACCACCGCGUCAGCCACUUCAGUCGCCGGCCAAGGUAUCCAUCAGCAGCACCAGCAACCGUCUACCAGCACCAGGUCGUCGGUAGCUUCGCUCCGUCAGAGCCGACUCAACUCGUCGGAGAAGAUCAUAGUCGAGGCGGACGAGGAAUCGUCGUCCAACGCCAUCUGA